CCUGCGGCGGGGGGCUGCCCCCGGGGGGCUGGCGGAGCUGGGCCGCGGGGGCCCCGGGGCCGGCGGNGCCGGGGUCAUCGGGAUGAUGCGGACGCAGUGUCUGCUGGGGCUGCGCACGUUCGUGGCCUUCGCCGCCAAGCUCUGGAGCUUCUUUAUUUACCUUUUGCGGAGGCAGAUCCGCACGGUAAUUCAGUAUCAGACUGUUCGAUAUGAUAUCCUGCCCUUAUCUCCUUUGUCCCGGAAUCGCCUAGCCCAGGUGAAGAGGAAGAUCCUGGUGCUGGAUCUGGACGAAACCCUGAUUCACUCUCACCACGAUGGGGUCCUGAGGCCUACAGUGAGACCUGGGACACCUCCCGACUUCAUCCUCAAGGUGGUAAUAGACAAACACCCUGUCCGGUUUUUUGUACAUAAGAGACCCCAUGUGGAUUUCUUCUUAGAAGUGGUAAGCCAGUGGUAUGAGCUUGUCGUGUUCACAGCAAGCAUGGAAAUUUACGGCUCUGCUGUGGCAGAUAAACUGGACAAUAGCAGAAGCAUUCUUAAGAGGAGAUACUAUAGACAGCACUGCACUUUGGAGUUGGGCAGCUACAUCAAAGACCUCUCUGUGGUCCACAGUGACCUUUCCAGCAUCGUGAUCCUGGACAACUCCCCCGGGGCUUACAGGAGCCACCCGUUCACUGCUGAUGUCCGAUCGGUGCUGAGCCGAAACCUUCACCAACAUAGGCUCUGGUGACAGCUGCUCCCCCUCCACCUGACUUGGGGUGGAGGGGAAAGGGAGGGAGAGUUCUUGGGACGCCGUCUGUUGCCCUGUCCAAUGUGAGGACUGCCUGGGCAGAGUCUGCCCCUCCCACCCCUCUGCCCUGGGAGCCCUACACUCCACUAUGGAGUCUGGAUGGACACAUGGGCCAGACCGUGAAGCAGCCUCACUCUGGGUUCACACUCCGUGGAAAUGCCAGACUGGGACAGGCGAAGGCCUAGAGGAGCCGAAACAGUCUGGUGAAGAGGCAGGACUGGCCAGAGUGACAGACAUAUCCCAGAGGCUCAAAAGAAGCCAAUUCAACUUUGUUGUGAUUUGAUUUUUUUAAAAACUCUUAUACAAAACUGAUCUAAUUCUUCACUCCUGCUCCAAGGGCUGGGCUGUGGGUGGGGACUGGGGUUUCGGGCCACUGGAUCCUCCUCAGACUUGUCCCCCCCUUACUUUUCCUCAUUUUUUUUCUUUCCCCAAUCCCCCAUACCUGUAAUCGGCUCCUUUCUUCUUUCCUCUUUUAAACCAUGCAUUAUAACUUUGAAACCAAA